AUGUCUCCAGCAGAAGUAAUUGCCGCCACCCCAGCAACCAAGCCCAGACGAGGCCUGGCAUCGAUCAAGACCAUGUUCAGCACCAAGAGACACACAGUUGCCCAGAUCCCCUCUUCUUCUGCUCCUAUCUCUGAGGAGGAUUCGAACAACACUCAAUUGCCUACACCUUCGGAAUCUCCCUCAGCCGCCGAUAGCGCAGAGUCUUCGCACUCGUCAUCAUCGUUGCACAAAGCCUCGUCGCUGUUUACGCCCAACCCGAAAAAGGCCCAAGAAAAGGCCGCCGAGAAGGAGAAGAAGGAGCAGGUCAAGCAGGCCAUCCAGCUGAGUACCGUCGACCACCACGGUGCCUUCUUGCCCCCGACCCCACUCGAGAAGGGCUACAAGGAUCACUUCAAGGAUAACGACGAAGAUUACUUUGACACCAUCAUCUCGACUCCUCCUGAGCGUGUCAGGACCUUCCUCUCUGCUGCGUCGACCAUUAGCCCCGGCAUGUUCUCUCUCCCCUCCAGCAAGAUCAAGAGACAUACUUUCACGUCCUUCCCUACGACCAACUUUUCCAAGCCUCCUACUACCGCAUCGGCUCCAACGUCUCCAACGACUGCUUCUAUGGAGCAGAUGGCCAGCUCACCUGUCAGCCAACGCCAACUCCCACCCACGGUCCCACCCAAGGAUAUGUACUACACUCCCAAAAAGCAACAGAUCCGUAACCGAGCCCAGAUCUCGUUCUUGACGGGCGACGGAUCGGACGAAGAUCUGACCGAAGCCCUCGCAGACUCAAUCGGCUCCCUGCUCUCCUCCUCAGGCCCUGCCUCGCCUUCCCAGGAGAUCCCCGACUUAAUGGCCGAUGACGACGAACACUCUUCUUCUGGGUCCGAAUCGCCCUCGUCAUCGACCAAUGUCUCACCCAGACAUUCGACCGCCUCGCUCCAGUCGUCUGGAAAGAUGAUGAAGAAGUGGCAGCCUGAGGAGCUUAGCCUUGGAGGGGAACUUGCCAUCUCGCACUAA